UGUGGAAAAUGCCACAUCAUGGCUGAACAUCACUGAUGCACCUGAAAGGGCUUUUCGAAGUGAAAAACUCCAAUUGCAUGAUCGUGUCAUAAAUCUGAAGAUGUCUGUUCUCAAGAUCACUUCCCUCAUUAUCAUCAGCUCGGUGUUACUACAUACACAGUCAGCUGGUGAUUUGUACUUUGCUGUGAUGCCUCACAGAGUAACAGCUCUCAAAGGCUCUUGUGUGCAGAUACCUUGCACAUUCAAUAUCUUCAAUUUUGAGGACAAAAUACAGAAGACAAGAUCUAUUUAUGGUGUCUGGUUGAAAAAGAUAUCACAGUUUACUCAUAAAGACAGUUUUAUUGCUUUUAAUGGCAGUCAGAACAUCAUUAAAGGAUUCAGUGACAUACAGAUGAUUGGAAAUCUUUCUGAGGGUAACUGCACCACUGUCUUCUAUGACAUCAUGAAGAAUCAUUCAGACUUCUAUUUCUUCAGGCUGGAAAUGGAGCCAAAUGUGUUCACAGCAAUAUUUAACACCAAUCCAGAUGCUUCAGCAGAUUCAAGCAAGACUGUGAAAAUCGAUGUCACAGACUCACCACAGCCUCCUGAACUUAAACCCAGUGAUCUGGCGUAUAUGAUGGAGAACACAACAGUCAAUGUAAGCUGCUCUGCUGAAGCACCCUGUCCCAAACUACCUCCUAAAUUAUCCUGGACAAACAUCCCCAAACCUGCCAUCAUUACAACACAGUUACAGGAGAAACCUGAUAAAACCCUGUCAGUGUUUUCACAAAUCACCUUUAAAGCUUCAUACAUGGAUCACAGAAAGAACAUCUCCUGCACUGUUACAUAUCCAAGAAAUACAUCUAAUGACACAACUGUGGAGACCACCAUGAUGCUGCGAGUUCUGUUUCCUCCAAAAGAAACUCAUGUCAUCAUUGAGCCAUCUGCUUCAGUCUCUGUUGGCACUAAUGUGACUUUGACCUGCAAAAGCAAAGCCAAUCCAUCAAACGAUAUGAACUACACCUGGUACAAACAUGGCCAGGACUCACCUCUAGCUGGGGGACAGAAGAUUUCCUUUACUGUGAAUAAUACAGGAUUGUACUUCUGCACCGCAGAGAAUAAACAUGGUAAAGUUUCUUCCGAACAGAUCCAGCUCACACUUAAAGGACAGGAUGGACCCUCUAAUCUUAUGAUUGCUGGUUGCAUGGGAAUAAUUGUGCCUAUGCUUCUAUUUUCUGCUCUUGUUUUAAGUUUGGGGAAGAAGACUUUUAAAAAGUCCACUGCCAAUGAUCCCUCUGGUGAGGAUUUGAACACACAUGUGUGUUAUGAAAACACUGCCAUCAUGAUCGUCACUGCCAAACAGGACAUCUUGAUAAAUAACAACUAAAUAUUUCUGAUGAUGAAACACUGAUCAUCUAUUAUAGCGAAACGACAUCUCAAGACUGCAGAACUACUGCAUCACAGGAACAGACUUCAGGAAUGUUGAAUAUAUGAAAUAAAGUAAAUAGAGUAAAUACAGUUGUGUUAGGAAUUACCGGCGUAGUCUGAGGAAUGAUGUGCCAAAAAUUGCUUUGGUAAAAGCAUUGAUUUAUAAAUAAAUCAAUAAACACAUCUGUAUUAAUUUAAUAAACGUUUAUGAAUUCUGUUCUUUUAAUUGUCUUUGCUUAUGAGAAUUGGUGUUGAUAAGAUGUAAUUCGAUUAUUGUGAUCAUUUAUUUCCAUGUUUUGAUUUUGUCAUCCAUUCCCUUGUAAACUGAAUUACAUGGGACUAAAAUACAUUUCUUGUUGACUAGGUAAUUACUAAAUGGUUUACGUUGCCUGAUUUGAAAAGGUGACAAACAAUGCAAUCUUCAAAUAAGAGGUAAAAAAA